CCGCAUUCUCGCGUCGUGUUCGGCAUGUUCGGCACCAGUCGCCACCCAUGUUCAAGAUGUGAUGAGUCCUACUGAGUUGUGUGACUCGCAACUGCCGUUGUUUUAGUUAAACUCAAAACGCGUAGGCUCAUUUAGAACGUUGGCGUCGCGAUCGAAAUAAAAGGGGGAACUUCAAUUAUGAUGGAAAAGAUGGAUGACCAGAUCGUCAAAAACGAGCAUUUCGUCGAAUAUGGGUCGACGAGCCUUUACAAACCCAUCCAAGAUCGAAAGCGAAAGCGAGCGGGCGAGGAACCGGCGCUGUCCACAACAGCAGAGACAUCAAAGCAUGGUUCAUCAGGAGUAUUCUGCUUACCCUGGUAGUAUCCGCGUGAUCAACUCUGUGCAUGGCCAGGUGCCACCUGAGGAUGCGUCGUGUAACGGUCCGAUGCACUGCAACUACUUUGCCAGCGUGCCAGACAGUACCUCGAUUACGGCCGUGGAUAGUAAGUAUACACAUCUAUAGUCUCCUACGGCAUUGUAGAGCGUCGAGGUGUAUUGAACUCGUUGGGGCAGGAUAAAUUAAUGACGGAUGGGGAUGGUCGACAGUCCGUGACGUGACGGAAUAGACGACAGGCCGAAACGUUGAUCACCAGCGGGCAACAGUGCGACAGAAUUCGGUACGUACAGGUACACUACCAGGCAGGACUUAGGCCAAUAUGAAGCGUUAAAAGUGCGGCGCGCCUAUCAAUUGUCUUAAUUAAACAGAGAGUUCGUCAUACUAGUCAGCAGUAAGAUCAAUUAAGC